GUUCUUGCGGGGUAGCCUACACAUGUUUGUACUAAUAAUCCUAAAACCGCAAAACUUAGAAUAGAAUAAUAAUAAUUGAAAGUUGUCCAUUUGCAGUUGCGUGUGCUCGAGUCAGACAAACACAAACUGUAACCAAACAAAUCCACAUCAAAAUUUUACGUUUACUAAGUUGAUUCUUUCUCAAUUCAAACUUAGAUGCCCAGACACUUGUACAAUACUAAUUUGUAAAAUUCCUCUCCUUUUUUUUCUCUUCUUUCUUAGUAGAAGGGUCCAAUUCAACUCUUUAACAAAGGGAUCUUGCUUGCUCCAUCUGCAACUCUCUUUUGUGAUUUGGGGUUUUUAGAUGGCUGAUGAGGAGGAGGGAAACCUGUGAAAUUUCUUGUACAGAGAUUUAAGAGAUGAUUGAAUUUUGCAUUUACUGUUAGCAGAGGAAUGGUGAGAGACAAGAGAGAUAUAAGACCUGUAAUCUUAAAAUUUGGGGUUGCUUUAGCUUUAUCACUUGGUGGAAUUCUCUUUACUUUUUUCAAAACCACAAGAAUUAACCCCUCUAAUUCCUCUUCCUCACCCAAUUCAGGUGGUAAAGAAGGCGAGCUGAAAAAUGAUGAUCAGAAAAAACCUGCCUCAGGAAAUUCAGUUUCCGAGUUUCCAUGGAAAUAUGAGGACGUCUCCAUACCAAAAAUCGUUAUUGGGAGUUCUAUAAGUGGUCCAUCUACAAAUUGUAGGUCUGGUGGAGAUAGAGAUGGGCUUCUUCUGCCGGAGCUCAAUGAACUUGUAAAGGAAUUUGGUUCGUCUCCAAAGGGUAGUUUUUCACCAUGUAAGGAUGUUGAAACGCCAUUGCAGGAUGCAGAUUCACCCAAAGAAGACAAAAUUGUCGGAAGGGAUGACCAUGAGCAAGAGAUUGAGAACCUGAAGAACAUUGUUAAAACUCUUAAAGAAAGGGAGAGGACUCUUGAGAUCCAACUGCUCGAGUAUUAUGGCCUAAAGGAGCAAGAAAAUUCCAUCAGGGAGCUUCAAAAUCGCCUAAAGAUACACAAUCUGGAGGCCAAGCAUCUGGGUCUAAAGAUCGAGUGUUUGAAGGCAGAGAAGAUGAAAUUAAAGGCUCAAGUGGCUGAUUCCGCAAAGGUUGUCUCAGACCUUGAAGCUGCGAGAUUGAAAAUAAAGCAGCUGAAAAAGAAGCUCGGGUUGGAAGCUGAUCAUAACAAGGAACAGAUUUUAUCCCUUAAAGAAAGAGUUAUGAAGCUGCAGGUCGAGGAGAAGAAUCCUGUUGAAGCUGAAUCAGAUGUUCAGUUAGAGCUCCAAAAACUGAAGGACUUGGAGAGCGAGGCUGAUGAGUUGAGGAAAUCUAACCAAAGCUUAAGAGCAGAAAACUCGACACUAGCUGAGAGACUGGAAUCUGUUCAGAUCCUUGCCAUUUCUGUUAUGGAAGAUGAUGUAACAGAAGCACUGAAAGAAGAAAGUCUACGACAGAGAAAGCAAAAUGAAGAUUUAGUAAAGCAAGUUGAGCAGCUUCAAGCAGGUCACUCCAGUCAUGCUGACGAACUAGUCUAUCUUCAGUGGAUAAAUGCUUGCUUGCGGUAUGAGCUGAGGAACUAUCAGCCUGUUCCAGGCAAAACAACUGCAAGGGAUCUCAGUAAAACGUUAAGCCCCAAAUCUAAGAAGAAAGCCAAGCAACUAAUUCGUGAAUAUGCAGAUAAAGAAGACCAAGGUAACAGGGGGAUCCACGAUUUGGAUCUUGAUUCUGACCAGUUAUCCUCCCAAGCACCCUAUCUUACGAACUCAGGUGAGUUUGAUGGUACUUCUAUUGAUAAUUCUUCAGCCCAUAAGACUGACACUUCAAGCAAAAGCAAAAUGUUUGGUAAGCUUAUGAGACUACUACGGGGAAAGGACCAUCAUCAUAGUCAGAGUUCUUCGGAAAUGGUUCACAGCACAGAAGAGAAUGCAAUGGUUCACAGCACAGAAGAGAAUGCAGCAAGAGGCUCUAAUUAUUCUUCUGGGUACAGUUCAGAUACGGCUGUCAUAGAUACCGGAGCUAUUAGGCUCCAGAGCAGAUCAAGCAAAUCAUCUCAGAGUUCAUCCAAACAAUUUAUAGAUUUCCAUUCAUUUUAUCCAGGCUCUAGGAGCAACAAAGGAGAAAGCAGCAACUAUCUGACACGUACGAGGAGAUAUAGUGAUGUGGGUUCAUUAGAUUAUAUCUCAAAACGUCUCGCUGAAUCACCUCAAGAAAAAAGAAAUGACCAUGGCCCAGAAAAUGUUCAGAAAUCUGAGUUGGCGAAAUAUGCAGAAGUUUUGAAAAGAUCUUGUUCUAAAGCACCAGUUCGCAAGCGAUCAGCAUCAGUUAGUUUCUUCUAACUGUAAAUAUAAAAGACUAUACUAGUUUUUGUUGCCCCUCUUUAUCAAUAGAGGUAGCUUAGGUUCUAUAGUUGUGUGAUCCUUCAUGAUGGGCAUCAACUUAUUGCAACAUGUUACUACAGUUGUUUACUGUAUGUAGUCCUACAAAUAUUAAAAUAGUGCAGCUUCUUCCAUGGAAGUUAUACUGAGGAAAUUUUUUAUUAGCAAAAGGAAACAGAAGAAAAGAGUAUACAUGUGUGUACCAUUAGAUAUCAAUGUUUGAUUUUCUAUGUGCUUCUUGUGGUGUUCUUUUCAGA